AUGUUCCCCCUGCUCCUCGUCUUUCUCUCCUGCUUCCACGGGGCUCUCUCCAAAGAAAACUGUGAUGAGCAGCUCGUUUCAGCAUUGCCGCAGAUUUCGUUCUACAGCUCGUCCCAGUUCUCCAACAGUCAUAGUCCUGGUUUUGCCAAGCUCAACAGGAGAGAUGGUGCUGGCGGGUGGUCUCCAUUGGAGUCCAACAAAUACCAGUGGCUUGAAAUUGAUCUUGGAGAGAGGACAGAGAUUACAGCCAUCGCAACCCAGGGGAGAUAUGGCAGCUCGGACUGGGUCACCAGCUAUUCUAUAAUGUUCAGUGACACUGGCAGGAACUGGAAACAAUACCGUCAAGAGGACAGCAUUUGGGCGUUUUCAGGAAAUACAAAUGCUGACAGUGUUGUCCAUUACAAACUGCUGCAGCCAGUAAUUGCUCGGUUCCUAAGAGUGGUUCCCCUGGACUGGAAUCCUAAUGGAAGGAUCGGCAUGAGGCUGGAGGUCUAUGGAUGCUCAUACCAGUCUGAUGUGGCAAGUUUUGAUGGCAGCAGCUCAUUGCUCUACAGGUUCAAUCAAAAUUCAAGUCAGACAGUAAAAUAUGUGAUUUCCAUGAAGUUCAAAACACUGCAGAAAUCUGGGAUUAUCAUACAUGGCGAAGGACCCCAUGGAAACAGUCUGACACUGGAGUUAUACAAAGGACAGCUGUUACUUCACAUCAAAACAGGCACAUCAAGGUCAGCUUCUGCAGACGGCAAUGUCAUGGUUAAACUCGGAAGUUUGCUUGAUGACCAGCACUGGCAUUAUGUUGGAAUCGAAUGCACUAACCGGCACUUCAACUUCACUGUGGACAAAAGCACACAGCAGUUCCAGAUCAAUGCUGACUUCACCCGAUUUGAAAUAAAUGAGAUCAGCUUUGGAGGUGUCUUCAGCCGUGAGAAAUCAGGAAUGUUUUCCAAAAGGAGUUUCCAUGGAUGCCUGGAGAACUUGUUCUACAAUGAUGUCAAUGUGAUCAGCCUGGCAAAACAGAAACGUCAGAUGUCAAUUAUGGGCAAUGUGACCUUUGGUUGCUCAGAGCCAGCCAAUGUUCCUGUGACUUUUGCGGGUUCUGAGAGUUUCCUUCAGUUGUCAGGAGCUCAGCAGAAAGACAGUAUGUCAAGUAGCCUGCAGUUCAGAACGUGGAAUAAAGAAGGACUCCUCCUCACUACAGAACUGUACAGAGAUGCAGGGAGCUUGUGGAUUCACCUCAGUGAGGGCAAGGUCAAGUUACAGAUAUCUAAGUUGGGGAAGAUUUUGGUGGAUGUUACAGCAGGAUCUGGUUUAAAUGACGGACAGUGGCAUUCGGUGGACUUUAAUGCACGGAAAGGACGUUUAAGUCUAACAGUGGAUAAAGAAAUGAGUUCUUCUGGCCAUGCUAAUUCCCUCCUUCAUGUGGCUUCUGGAAAUCAUGUCUUUCUUGGAGGUUGCCCAGAGAGAAAAAAUACUCAGGAAUGCCGAAACCCUUUUCAUGUUUUUCAAGGAUGUAUGCGGCUCAUGUCUGUUGACAAUAUAGCCAUAGACUUAAUACAGGUACAGCAGUCACUCACUGGAAAUUACAGUGAUUUGCAAAUAGACCUAUGUGGCAUUAUUGAUAGAUGUUUGCCCAGUCACUGUGAACAUGGUGGAAAGUGCACACAGUCCUGGAAUACAUUCUACUGCAAUUGCACAAGUUCAGGCUACAUCGGAGCGACUUGUCACAGCUCUAUUUAUGAGCAAUCUUGCGAAGCAUACAAGCACAAAGGCAAAACAUCAGGAUUUUAUUUCAUAGACGUAGAUGGAAGUGGCCCUUUAAACCCACAGAAGGUCUACUGUAAUAUGACAGAUAAAACAUGGAUGGUGAUUCAACACAACAACACUGAGCUGACUAAACUGAAAUCUUCCAGUGGGAUAACUCAGCACUUAGCCUACUUCAACUAUUCUGCUAACAUGGAACAGCUUCGGGCUAUAAUUAACCAAGCAGAGUACUGUGAGCAAGAGCUCUUCUACCACUGCAAAAAGUCACGUCUCUUGAAUACACCUGAUGGUGCUUCGUUUACAUGGUGGAUGGGGAGGACGGAAGAGGUACAGACAUAUUGGGGAGGAGCAAGACCAGGCAGUCAGAAGUGCUCCUGUGGCAUGCAGGGAGAUUGCCUGAAUUCCAGUCACUACUGUAACUGUGAUGCCGACAAAAACGAAUGGACAAAUGAUUCAGGAAUUCUGUCAUUUAAAGAACAUUUACCAGUCACUAAAAUAGCUUUUGGUGACAUAAAUAGAGUUGGCUCGGAGGCAGCCUAUAAAGUUGGCCAUCUGCAAUGCCAUGGUGACAAAAACUUUUGGAAUGCAGCAUUUUUCAAUAAGGAAACAUCAUAUCUUCACUUUCCAACAUUUCAUGGAGAGCUCAGCGCAGACAUAUCAUUUUUGUUCAAGACCACAGCCUUUUUGGGCGUAUUCUUGGAAAAUUUGGGAAUUAAAGAUUUCAUAAGGAUUGAACUCAGCUCUUCUUCUGAAGUGGUUUUUUCAUAUGACGUGGGAAAUGGCCCGUUUGAGGUCAGAGUAAAGACACCAACUCCACUAAAUGAUAACCAGUGGCACUACGUGAGAGCUGAACGUAACGUCAAGGAAGCAUUGCUUCAAGUAGACCAGCUGCCAGUCAGGACACAGAAGGCUCCUAAAAAUGGACACAUUCAUUUACAGCUCAACAGCCAGUUGUUUGUAGGAGGCACUGCUUCAAGGCAAAAAGGCUUUCUUGGAUGCAUCCGCUCUUUACAGCUGAAUGGAGUGACACUGGAUCUUGAGGAACGGGCCAAGAUCACCCCUGGAGUUAAACCAGGUUGCCCAGGCCACUGCAGCAGUUAUGGUCGCCUUUGUCAGAAUGAAGGCAAAUGUAUGGAGAAGUACAAUGGAUUCUCUUGCGACUGCACUUUCUCUGCAUUCACAGGACCCUUCUGCACAAAAGAGGUCUCAGCUUACUUUAAACCUGGAAUGUCAGUAGCAUACACCUUUAAGGAACCUCAUGAACUGGACAAAAAUGCAAGUUCUCAGUCAUCCUCCAUUUAUUCAGAUUUAACCCUUCGAGGAGAGAGCAUUGCUUUCAGCUUUCGCACCACUCAAGCCCCAGUGCUGCUUUUUUAUGUUAGCACUUACUACCAAGAAUACCUUGCAGUUCUGCUGAACAGAAAUGGUUACUUGGAGGUUAAAUAUAAGCUACAAAAUGAAAAAGAUGUGGAAGUAUUCAAGGUAAACACAAGAAACAUUGCAAAUGGACAGCUGCAUAAAGUGGUGAUCAAAAGGCAAGCUGAAGCUCUCACUGUUCAGAUUGACCAGAAUACCAGAGAAGAAUUUAAUCUAACAUCCGACACAGAAUUCAGUGCCAUCAGGUCUGUUGUUAUUGGAAAGAUAUAUGAUAGCAGCGAUUUUGACCCUGAGGUUUCUCGGCUGAAUGCACUGGGGUUCAGUGGGUGCCUCUCUGGCGUGCAGUUCAACAGCAUUGCCCCACUGAAAGCAGCCCUGCUGCACCCAAGCAGCAGCCCUGUUACAGUCAGAGGGCAACUAGUUGAGUCACAAUGUGGUGCUUCAUCUCCAUCUAAUCCCUUCGCAGCUGAAACCACCCACUCUCUUUCUGAUCAUUCUGGUACAGCAGAUACCAGUGAGCCAAUAGUCAAUGCAAUAAGAAGUGACUCCGCUCUAAUCGGAGGUGUCAUAGCUGUUGUGAUAUUUGUCAUUUUCUGCACUCUGGCGAUAAUGGCAAGGUUCCUCUAUCGACGAAAGGAGACCUUUCAAAGCAGAGAAGCCAAGGGACCGAAGCCUGAUGAGAGCCCUGACUUUCCCUUCAACAAUGAGCCAAACUCACAGAAUAUGCAGAGUGAAAAUCAAAAGGAAUUCUUGAUGUGAUAAAUUCUUCUUCCUCCACAAUACUGAAGUUUAUCAAAAUAAACUGAGGACAAAAAUGGCUUGUCAAGUCUAAAGACAUUAACAUUCAAUGUGCAGUAUGCAUAAAAUCCCUAUGUAACUGUCAACUGCAGUUAAUUGAGU